CUCAGCCUUGCAGCUUGCAUUCCAGUCCCCAAUGCAGGGCAAAGCCACCACUGCCUUGCAUCCCAAGCCAGCUUAGCUUUGCAGUCCUGGGGGGUAUCCCUGCUGCAACCUCUUUGCCAAAAAGCCCCCUGCCCCAAGGAUCCCCCAGCCAAGGCUUCUGCUAUGGAGAGAGAGAUCCCCGUCUUGCGAGUUAGGUCCCAAUUAAUGGAUUCUGACAUGGAUUAUGAAAGGCCAAACGUAGAAACUAUCAAGUGUGUUGUGGUUGGGGACAACGCUGUGGGCAAGACCAGGCUCAUUUGUGCCCGUGCAUGUAAUGCCACACUGACUCAAUACCAGCUUCUUGCCACUCAUGUGCCCACCGUUUGGGCCAUUGAUCAGUAUCGUGUUUGCCAGGAGGUAUUGGAGCGCUCCCGGGAUGUCGUGGAUGAUGUUAGUGUUUCCUUGCGUCUUUGGGAUACAUUUGGGGACCAUCACAAGGACAGACGCUUUGCUUAUGGAAGGUCUGAUGUUGUAGUAUUAUGCUUCUCCAUUGCUAACCCGAACUCCCUACACCACGUGAAGACUAUGUGGUACCCUGAGAUCAAGCACUUCUGCCCCCGAGCACCUGUCAUCCUUGUAGGCUGCCAGCUUGACCUUCGCUACGCUGACCUGGAAGCAGUAAAUCGAGCGCGGAGACCCUUAGCCAGACCAAUCAAGUCCAAUGAAAUUCUCCCCCCGGAGAAGGGCCGAGAGGUGGCCAAAGAGCUGGGAAUCCCCUAUUAUGAGACCAGUGUGGUUGCCCAGUUCGGGAUCAAGGAUGUCUUUGACAAUGCAAUCCGAGCUGCCCUCAUCUCCCGCCGGCAUCUCCAGUUCUGGAAGUCUCAUCUGCGCAAUGUGCAGAGGCCAUUGCUCCAGGCUCCUUUCUUGCCCCCCAAGCCUCCUCCACCUAUCAUCACCGUACCUGAUCCUCCUUCCAACAACGAAGAGCGCCCUGCUCACCUACUGGAAGACCCCUUGUGUGCAGAUGUCAUCCUGGUGCUGCAAGAGAGAGUCAAAAUCUACGCACACAAGAUCUACCUCUCCACCUCCUCCUCUAAGUUCUAUGACUUGUUCUUGAUGGACCUGAGUGAGGAAGACCAGCAAGAGACAUCUGGAAGUGGCACUGGGGCAGGUGUUGUUGAGCGGUCACUUCACCAGGAGCGGCAUCAUCACGGUCGGGAGUUCCUCUUGAGAGCUGCUAGUUUUGAUAUCUGUGAGAGUGCUGAUGAAGCUGGCUCCGGCCAGCAAAAACCGUGCCUUAGAGCCUCCACCAGCGACGGGAUAUUGCGGGGCAAGAACUACGGGGAACGAGGGCUAAAGAGGGGGAGGAUCCUUUCCUCUUGGAGCCGUGCCUUUGUCAGCAUCCAGGAGGAGAUGGCGGAUGACCCUGUGACGUACAAACCCCGACCAAUGGUGGUGGUAAAGAUGGACCCUUCCAUCCAGUUGGGGCCCUUCAGGGCUGUGCUGAAAUAUCUGUACACAGGGGAGCUGGACGAGAACGAGAGGGACCUCAUGCAUAUUGCCCACAUUGCAGAGCUGCUGGAAGUCUUUGACCUCAGGAUGAUGGUAGCUAACAUCUUGAACAAUGAGGCGUUCAUGAACCAUGAGAUCACCAAAGCCUUCCAUGUCAGGAGAACCAACCGGGUGAAGGAGUGUCUGGCAAAGGGAACUUUUUCUGAUGUCACCUUUCUCCUGGAUGAUGGUGCUAUCAGUGCCCAUAAGCCCUUGCUAAUCUCCAGUUGUGACUGGAUGGCUGCCAUGUUUGGGGGACCCUUUGUAGAAAGCUCAACGCAAGAGGUGGUGUUACCUUACACCAACAAGAGCUGCAUGCGGGCAGUGCUAGAGUAUCUGUACACAGGCCAGUUUUGCUCCACGAUGGACCUUGAUUACAUGAAGCUCAUCAUUUUGGCCAAUCGCCUCUGUCUGCCACACCUGGUUGCACUCACAGAGCAGUUUACUGUGUCUGGCCUAAUGGAAGUGACGCCGAUGUUAGUGGAUAUUGAUGGCGACGUCCUUGUGUUCCUGGAGCUGGCACAGUUCCAUGGUGCCUACCAGCUUGCCGACUGGUGCCUCCAUCACAUCUGCACCAACUACAACAACAUUUGUCGCAAGUUCCCCCGUGAGAUGAAAGCCAUGUCAGCAGAGAACCAAGACUACUUUGAGAAGCAUCGGUGGCCCCCAGUCUGGUACCUGAAAGAAGAGGAUCAUUUUCAGAGAGCCAGGAAAGAGCGUGAGAAGGAAGACUACCUCCACCAAAAACGGCAACCUAAGAGGAGGUGGCUGUUCUGGAACGCCUCCUCCCCAUCCCAGUCACCUUCAUCAUCAGCCGCUUCAGCUUCAUCCUCCUCCUCUUCCUCAUCUGCUGUGGUCUGAGAGAUUUGUUGCCCAUGCUUUAGUCUCUCUUGGAAGGAGAGGGUCAGACACCAUCCGGAGCCAACCUCUGGUUCAGCCGGCUUGGAGAGAAGAAAGAGAGACCGUGCUGCACCAUCGGCUAAAACCCUCAGUGGAAACAGAUCAGCAUGAAUGUCCCUGGGAGGUUGAGGAGAAUCUGUGCAGGUGGAGCUCGGGAGCUGGAGCAUCCCUCAUCACCACCACGCAGAGCUCCAUGCGGCCCGGAUCCCUGCCACAGCCAGCCAGCAUCAGUGCCCAGACAGAACGGCCGGCGGGGGGAUUUCUUUUACAAGGGGCACGCUCAUCUAGCAGGACAAUCCUCAUGUUUACAGGAAUGCAAGAGUUUUUUAAAUUACAAAAAGAAAAAAACUGCUACAAGGAAAUGCAGCAGUUCUGCAGUGUUUUUAAAUGAUAUUUUAUUUCCUUUGCAAAAAGCAAAAAAAGAAAAGUGAUUUGGUGCCUCACGUUGUCCAUUCACUGCGCCGUAACAUUUCAAGCCGCUAGAGAUGCUGUGUCCUGUGACUCCCGCGCACCCUGGGCUCCUUUCUGAGGUUUAGGUGGCCACAUUUUUUGUUGCACUUACCACCCCGGUUCUUAUCUUUAGGGUGCUUGCUUACACAGCAGGGCACAUAUCCUUGCAAGCUUCCUUGCAAAAGCCAAGCCCUGCAAAGGAGGCCAAAGUUGAUAGAAACCCAGGUUCUAUACUUGGAUGGAGUAUAUUGAAGGACGAAAGGCCCUAGGAGGGAGAAACCAGACUAUUUGAGUCUGGAAAAAAAUGCUGCUUCACCUCUUCUUGCUACCAUUGUAUUUUUUAAAACUUUGUCAGUAGCUUGCAAAACAAUCUAAAACCUGGCUGAGAAGGCAAGUUAAGAUGGACAGGGAAAGAAAUCUUUUGUCCUGUCCACAUGCCUGGUCAGUUCUGGCCAGGAUAUUCAGGAACGUAGUGGUGGGGACCCCCCCCCCAAGAUGUUGACACUCUUUGUUUUUAAUAAAACAAACCAAUACACAAUACACAACUUGGAUUUUAAUGUGGAAGAUUCUGUUGUAAUAAAUGGUAUUUUAA